AUCAAAUGUCAUCCCUGACACUGCUCAACCCCGAUGUUUGAAAGACAUUUGGAUUGAAAAAUUAGAAAAAUCGAUUAUUUCGGUUAAGUAUUUAAGUAUAUAGCAAACUCAUUGAUACAGCAACCUUGCUUUCGAAAUCAAAUCUUUCGACAUGGGCUUCGAUCUCAACAGUGUUGUGGGCCAUGUGGACGAGGAGCUAAUAUGUCCCAUUUGCACGGAUGUCCUGGAGGAGCCGGUGCAAUCGUCCCAGUGCGAGCACGCCUACUGUCGCGUUUGCAUCAACAAGUGGUUGCUGCACAAACAGACUUGCCCCGUCGACCGACUGGACCUCCUAACUGUCCACUUGGUGCCGGUGUCACGGCUCAUGCGCAACAUGCUCUCGCGGCUGAAGAUCAAGUGCCUGUUCGCGCAGGACGGCUGCGAGCAACUGCUGUCCCUCGAGGAGUUCCGCGGCCACGUGGCCGAGUGCGAGCACAAUCCCAAGGUGGUCGUCGCCUGCAACAAGGGAUGUGGAAUGAAGGUACCCAAGGAUGAGCUGGCGCACCACAACUGCAUGUUCGACCUGCGCGAGUUGGUGCAACAGCAGGUGAAGGAGAUCGCCGAGCUGAAGGAGAAGCAGUCCAGCCAGGAGCUGCGCAUCCAGAGCCAGCGCCGCGAGUUGGAGCUGCUGCAGUACUACAUCGCAGCCCUGCGAUCCACAAACCCCGUGCUGCGCAACAUUGGCGAGCAGCUGGAUCGCUUCUCGCUGAUGCAGUGGGGCAACGGACUGCCACUGGCCACGGUUCGCACGUGGGGCAGCUUGAUCUCCACGCCGGACACUCCGAUGCACGUGAUGGUAAGGGAUAUCCUGCGAUCCUGCGGCUGCCCGCUGCACAUGCUCAACCAGAUGGUGGACCGCUGCCACGAGGAUCGCUGGCCCGAGGGUCUCACCACCUUGGAUGUCCGUCGGGAGAACCACCAUCGACUGGGCCAAUACGUGACCCGUUUGCUGCCGCCGUUGGCCAAUGGAAAACCCUGCUUGGUCCUGCUGGCGGGUGAUAAUACCCACAUGCCGGAGAAUCUACGCCCAGCUCUCGGUUUGGUUAUGAUCUUCGUGGACGGCGUGGAUGAAAUGCUGCAGGAGCCACUGCCGGAUAUAGAAUUUUCAUAAUCCACACCCUUUACUUUUGUAUCUAAAUUCAUUUUGGCAACACAACACAAAAACUACAUUGGCUUUGCGUUUCCCAUAUUCUUCUUUCGAAAACGUAGUUAUGGCCAUGUUGUUAUUACUGUCUUAAAUUACACGAUCUAAAUAAGUAAUCCCCCCUAACUUUGUCCACAGAAAAAAAUAUAUUGCGGUGGGAAAAAUA